AUGUCCUCUCCCACAACUAUUGCCGAAACGCUUGAAGUGAAUUUAAAACAUUUCAUGCAACCAUCUGGAGAAAUUAUUGAAUGCUUUGAACGAUCAAAAUAUGAUCAAUUUCUUACGUUUUUAAAUGAGCAAGUUUUUUCGAGCAGAGAAGCAACGGAGCUGUUUGUUCUAAAGAAAGGCUUAACUGCAAUUUAUGAAACACUUUUCGUAAAUUCUUCGGGUGAUGAAAUGAUGCAGCCUCUACUGAGUAUGAAAAGAUGCAUGAUUAUUGCACUAGGAAUGUAUUUUAGAGAAGAAUAUUUAUUUAAUGCACCAACAUGCUCUAUUCAUACUCACAGUGGUCAACAACAAGUAAUUGAAACAAAUCUCUUUAAGAAUUACUUUUUCCAAUUAUUAGACUCAGAGGGUGAGAAUGGUUGUUUUUAUAAGAAUAUGGACUUUGAGGAUAUUUGUAUUUUAAAAAUUGCAGUGUUUAAUUCGUUGUGUACAUUUGUUGAUGUUCAUGCAAGUGCAAUGGAAUGGUUCACCCAUGAGAUAGAAUGCUUUAACAGGAUAUUUCCAACUUGCUUGAGAAGUGAUAAUAUUUAUUUGAGACAAGCAUCUGCCCAAUGCCUGCUUUUGGUUGUUCAAUAUUGGUAUUGCCGUGGCGACAAAGAAGUACUUCAAAAGUUUAUCAAUCUUUUAGAACCAUUUAAGAAAGAUGACAUGCUCGAUUUUUUAGAUUUUGUUUUGCAACUUAUAACCCUAAGCUUUAACGAUCAUAACAAUACUUUUGACUUUACCAUGCUUCGGCCAUUGAGGACAGAAAUUUUGCAAAAUGCAUUAGCUGAAUCACAAUUAAUAGAACGUCUUGUACACGAUGAGACUAUAUCAGGUGUACAUGAUCUACGUAUCGUUGAACGACUCUAUGAUAUUUUGAUAUAUUUAUCAAAUCAUAAUCUAUCUCUUAGUGAAAACAAACGCGUGAAUGCUUUGAAACAGUUGACUGGAUACACAGACAAUGUUAUUUCACACACUUGCGAAACUGUAGAAGCAUGUCUACUUUCUGGAGAUAUUGGCUACCAAAAUAUUGGACUAAAAAUCCUUUCCAAUUUUUCCAGUGAACUACUUCCUGAACCAUCCGCUCUAUCGCUAUUAUCCAUUUUAGUAACCAUGUGGAAACGAAUGUUCGAGGAAAGAAAUGACCAUCAACACUUUAACAAUCUCAAAUGUCUUUCAGUGAAGCAAAAAGGAAAAUUCAUUUUAGCCAUCAGCAAGUGUCUUCAAAGAUUUAUAUACAUUCCAUCAGCAAUAGAUUAUUAUGAUAAGAGUGACCUACAUGGCUUAUUAAUUUUCACAGUGAAAAUGUAUGAACAUAUCAAUAAUUCUCUCUGCUCUAAAGUACUUGAGCUUCUACUUUGCUGGGCGUUGAAAACCAAAAUUAUCAUCAAGGAGGAACAUUCCGAUUAUUUAUGGCAAAUCCUUCAAAAUAGUUUAAUUCCUGAGAUUGUUUCUCUAGUUGGAAAAAUUUUACCACUCACAUGCAAGAAUGAGGAAAACAGGUUUUAUGAAGUGAUCACCAUGAGAUUCUAUGAUAUGAACUGGGAAUUACGAGAUGCUGCCAUAGAAAUCAUUCGUACUUGUCUCAAAAACAGCACAGUCUAUGCAAGCAUGGCUCAGUUUUUUUCUCAAAAAGACACGUUCGAACAUCUAUUAGAGAUUCUCUUGAAAAAGCUUCAAGAUACUGAGCAUUAUGUGGUUCUUACUACGUUCAAGACGUUUCAUGAUUUAAUUUUAUUUGAACAUAGACAAUCACUUCAUUUUGAAAAAGGUAUCUCUUUGUUGGCAGAAAUUGUGAAAUCUGCUGCAAGCAACCACGAGUAUUUUAUCAAAAAAGAGGCGAUUGAAAUUUGUAAGGAUUUAAUUGUGUGCAAGGUGAUUUCGUUUUCACAGUUAUUGCAAGACAUGACAUUGUUGCAAAGUCUCAAAUCAUUUAUUCACUUCUCCACCCUGGAAUGCGAUGUUGAAGUAUCUCAACAAUUACUAAUAUUUAUUGAUGAACUUUGUAAUUUAGAACACAUUUCCACGGUUGAAAAAUUCAAAUUAUUUAUUGAGUUAGGAAUUGAAUCAUUGUUAAGAGAGUAUUUUGAGAAUAUCAUGGAGGAAGCAAAUUUUAAUCUUACUCAACAAAUUGUCAAAAAACUCUAUUCUCUAAAGUUGAAAGACGGAGAGAACAGUUGGAAUUAUUCAAGCAGCACAUUGAGCACUCUGAUUGACACUUGUUUUCAAUCGCUAAAACAUGAAGAGAAUCAUCAUCAGCAUGAAGAAAAACGAGAAAUUACCAACUUCUUUAAUUUCAAUAACGAAGAUUAUGAUUGUCAAUGUUGCUAA